AUACUUUCUCAUGUGUGUAUUCUUUCGUGUUUUCAUUUUUGUAAUACACCUUUUUAUUGCUUGCAGGUUGCUCUAGAGGCACCUCAGGUUCUAAAUCUAAACAACAGCGAAAAAUUUUCAGGACCAUAUGGUGAAGAUGUUGUCUUCAUUGCCAAUGACUGGCACACUGCUCUUCUUCCAUGCUACCUCAAAACAAUGUACCAAUCUCGAGGGCUUUACAAAAAUGCCAAGGUAGCAUUCUGCAUCCACAACAUUGCCUACCAGGGAAGAUUUCCCUUUGGAGAUUUCGCCCUUGUCAAUCUACCUAAUGAAUUUAAGAGUUCUUUUGACUUCAUAGAUGGGAAUCUCAAGCCUGCAAAGGGAAGGAAAAUCAACUGGAUGAAGGCUGGGAUUAUAGAAUCCCAGAGGGUCUUAACUGGAUGAUGCUUACAGUGAAGAUGAUGUGGCAGAGGCUUCAUGGAGUUCUGAGUACAUAUGAGUUUUCAUAAAUAAUCAGCAUAUGAUGUACCCCUAUUUUAAGUCAGAUUGAAAUCUUUUAGUCUUGAGACUACCAUGCGUUCGUUUUGUUCAAUGUAUAUUUUGCUUCUGC